GGGCGGGACCUCGGCUCUGUAUAAACAUGGCCGUUAAGUCCUUUGCACCGUCAGGUACUGCGUUGGCUGAAUUAGGUGGACUUUGAGGAAGUCAUUGAGGGUAACUAAUGCCGUAACAGGUGUAAAGAAAAUGUAGACCUCGAGCCGAUAACUCUACUCUUUUUACAGUUUUUUUCACCCCGUGGAAACAAUAUUUCUCAACUUCAUUUAGUACUUUAUGCUAGCUAGCUAACCGAGCUAACGCAGACGUCCCAACGUUAACUUGUCAACUUUUUUUUCAGCCACCGAGAUACUGAAUGCUUAUCGAAAUGGAGGAGUGUCGUCGUUCGUCAGUAGUGUGUCGAUGAAUGUUUACCACACGGACGUCUUGGAUUAACCCAGCUAAUAAGUGACUAAAACUUUCUUAAGGGCUUGCUUUUGGAUUUUCUCCCAUUGGCAGCAGUGAAGCGCUUACUGGGAGCCUGUUUACUGUAUUAAAAUCAGUCACUAGACGGACAUAAACAAUGUUUUCUCCCAAACCCAUGAAACCAACUUUCAAGUCAUAUCUUCCUUCUGCGCAGACUGAUGUGACCCAAACUAUUGACACACCAAUUAAAAAGUUGGAGCCCAAGUUACUUCCAGGGGAGAUCGUAGUUAAUGAAGCGAACUUUGUAAGGAAAUGCAUCAGCGCUGAAAGCAGCCAGGAUGAUCUGUGGGGGAAGUUGAUAUGCACCAACUUUAAGGUCUCCUUCAUUCCUCAAGAUGCCCCACUUAAACAGAAAUCCCAGUUGCCCCACCUGCUGCUUGGGGAGCAUGACAUCCCCCUGACCUGUCUGGAUCAAGUUGUAACAGUUAAUGAUACAAAGGGAAAGAAGAAGGUUUUGGGCCUAAACCAGAAACUAAAGUUCAACCCAACUGAGCUCAUCCUAUACUGCAAAGAUCUGCGUAUUGUAAGGUUCUGCUUUGAUGAAGCUGGGCCCGAAAGUGCUAAAAAGGUUUGCCUUGCUAUUGCCCACUACUCCCAUCCAGCUGAUCUCCAAUUAUUAUUUGGUUUCGAGUAUCAAGGACGCCGAUACCAUGAAUCUAAAGGAGAACGAGUCAAUGGCUCUACCCCUAGAGGAGGAUUACAGACCCCGAUUUUUGACCGUCCAUCUGACUGGGAUCGGGAGAUCAAGAGAACGGGGGCUUCGGAGUGGAGGGUUUGCUCCGUCAAUGAGUGUUACGUCAUCUCUGCAAGUCUUCCAGAGCACAUUGUGGUCCCGGUUUCCCUGACGGAUCAAGAUAUAAAGCAUUACUCUUCAUAUUUCACUGAUGGGCGCAUUCCACUGUGGUGCUGGAAUCACUCUAAUGGGAGUGCUCUCAUCCGUGUAGCCAGCAUACUAGAUCCAUCACAACAGAAAAGAAUUGAUCAAAGGAUCUUCACAGCCAUAACUAAAAGCCACCCACAACGCAGUGAGGUCAUCAGGUCAGAUCUUGACAAGUGCUUGCCUCAUAUCCAAGACAUCCAAAGCGCCUUUGUUAAAAUCAGGCAGAUCUGUGUUUUGGAUCAUUUUGAGGAGUCAGAGGAAAGAUGGCUUUCCUCCAUUGAAAACUCACGCUGGCUUGAAUACAUCAGGGCCUUUCUUAAACAUUCAGCAGAGAUAGUUUACCUCCUCGAUGGAAAAAAUGCCUCUGUCAUUCUUCAAGAGGAAGAAGACCGAGAUCUUAACUGCGUAGUGUCCUCAUUGGUUCAGCUCAUGUUGGACCCUCACUAUCGCAGCCUAGUCGGCUUUCAGAGUUUGGUCCAGAAGGAGUGGGUGAUGGCUGGCCAUCGCUUCUUGGAUAGAUGCAACCACUUAAAGAAAAAUGACAGAGAGGAGUCCCCGCUGUUCACUUUGUUCCUGGACUGCGUGUGGCAGAUGAUGAACCAGUACCCAGCUGCAUUUGAGUUCACAGAAAUGUAUCUGACAAUACUUAGUGACAGCAUGUGGAACCCACUCUUCAGUACUUUCCUCUUCAAUUCUCCAAGGCAUCGUGGAAAACUCUUGAAUGACUUCGCCAAGAAUAAAGCUAUCCCUCAGGGGGAAGACCAGACUGUGUUUUUCCCUCCUGUUUGGGAGUGGUCACAGCAGUUCUCCAUCAGAGAUCAAACCCUGUUUAACAACCCCAUGUUUGUUGGCAAAGGAGCUGCCUGUGUUCAGAAUGGAGAAGUGAAGACCUUCAGACGUACAAAGAAAUCCUACAGUUCUACGGUGCGAGGAUUGUCCACAUUGCAGCGUAACGGACAGAAGAGCGAAGAGGACGCAUUUCCCCGGCGGGGCUCUUUGGUCUCAGAACUGAGGCCUGAUUUGUCACCGGUCAAGGAUGAAAGCCCAGCCGAGCGCUUCUUCAGGGACUGGUUUUCUCGACCUGCUGACCAGCAGGGCCUCCUGAUUCCCUUGCUCUUGCCCUCGCAUGUAGUUCUGUGGAGGCUUUUCUUUCUCCGCUGGGUUCCCGAGGCCUGCAUACCCAAGGGAGGCUCCAUCACUGCCUACCACAAGCUGUCCCAACUGGUUGAUGAAAUUGAGAUCUUACAGAACCAGCUCAGGCGGUACAAUGGGCCCAGUCCCAGGAACACGCCACUUCCAAGCCCAAGUGGCCCCCCUUCAGACCUUAGAAGAAUGUAUUUCAAAGCCAGUUCUCCAGAAGACCCCCCUACGCCUCCAGACUUCCUAACAUCAUCCUUUCCUUUCACCCCUGUUGGAAACCUGUGCCGGAGGAGUCUCUCCGGAACCCCAAUCAGUAAAUUUCUGAAUGGGGCGAGGAUCUGGCUCUCAACAGAAACUCUGGCUAAUGACACUGUCUGAAGAUGUUAGGUUUCAAGGUUCUUUUGGGGGGUGGGUUAAAAACAAGUUUUUAGAACAGUUAUUCUUUUUAUGGUCCCUUUCAGAAAUACCAAUAUAGGAACAUUGAAAUUUGAAAUAGCCAUUUAGAACUUAGAACUGAAAUCAUUUGUAAGCCAAAGUUUGCGCAUGAUCAUUAUUACAGAGCAGGAAUACCAAUUGUUUCAAGCUCAUCCAUUUACUGACCGGUGGGUUGAUACUUGAAGGUCUCUUAAAUGAGAAAUUGGCACACAGAGUUCUUCUAGAGAUUUUACCCAAUCAGAUAAGUCCUAAAUUUAGAGGUGACUUGAAGUUUUUUUUGUAAAGCUCCAGCUGUAAAAUCAUUGUUAUAGUCUACAUGUGGCAGUGCUUUUAGUUAAGCUGCUCUUUCUUUUAACUAAUCAGUCGGUAAAAAUUCUUCCCCCAAAUUUAAAGGAUCAUAUAGGAAAUCUGCUCUGUCAAAACCAGCGAUGCAUGUCACAACACUGAUUUUCAGGAACUAUUUUCGGCAUUUAGUACAAGUAAAUGUAAUUUUGUACAUGUCUUGGUUCUCUCUUUUUAUUUAAAAAAAUGAAUGAUAUUUCUGAAAGAGGAUCUUGAAAUAACACAACUAACAAGUGUUCUGCCAUGUAGGUGAGACGGACUGCAUGUGGCCUGGUUGAAUGUACCCCCCCCCCCGACUUAUUUCUGAUUGCUACAAGUGUCCAUAUCCUUAAUGCUCGUUUGGAGUUUUGCAAUAAGUAGCUAAUUAUGUAAUAUCAGGGUUUCACUUUUAGAUGUUCUCUAUUUUUGAUGCGGUCGUAGGUAUCCUCAAAUAGUUUAGUGUAAUACAGCAAUACAUGCUAACAGGGAAGAGAGCCCUGAGAACUUCAGUCUGUGGUAGAUAUUUCCUCUUCUCUUUUGAAGGGCUGCUAUCAAACCUUUUUUUUUGUGACCUUCUGGUAAGGCAUUGAGGACAAACGUGAACGGUCAGGAAUGGGUAAAUAUUUGACAGAUAAGGGACAGGCACAUGCUUAGACUCAGACCAGUCCCUGAUUAGCCAGUCGGCUGGCUGCUCUGAUGAAGGAGGCAGCAUGUAAGGCAUCUGGAUACUAAGUGUCAUAAAACUUCUGUCUCUCUUUUUUUCUUUUUUUUUCUCCAUCUCAUGCAUUCUAACAUAAGGAGUUAAGCGCUGAAAAUUCUAUAAGCAUUUACGGCAUACACUGUUCAAAAUCACACCUUGACUUUUCCCAAAAUCUCUGUAUCUGGAUUAUGGAUUAUGACGGUGGUGUUGGGGAAACCAAGAAGUUGAAGUUACUGUGCUCUCAGAAAGGAUAACAUUGACAUUUAUGUGCAAAGAUGCUUUGAAAGUAUCCAUGAGGCAAUUAGAGAAUAUUCCUCAUAUGUACACCCUACACAUGACUCUGUCUGGGCUACUUACUACUGGAAAAAAGAGGGUUUUUGGAGAGACUUUUUGAUGAAAUGUGUCAGACAUCCAGUGCCCUUUGGAAGCUGGUAAGAAGCAAUCACUGUAAUAUGCAUGUCAGCUUUUGUCACUACGCCCUUUGUAAUGCAGCAUCCAGAACCACUGACAGACUUGUAUCUGUUCCGUUACAAAAGAGCAGUUGUCCUGAAAUGGUGGAGGGCCCUGUUUCCAGUAAAAUACAGCGAUCUGGGAAUUCUCUGGUAAUAACUAGUUCAGGUGUUUCUUAGUGUGUAAUGUGAGUGCAAACCUGCUCUCCCAAAUGCUAAUAAUUGCACAUUUUACCCAAAAUAUAGGAUAGAUUAUUUUAAGGCAGUUGUUUAAUAUAAUUUUGCUACAAAUACUGUAUAUGCUUGAAAUCUUUCAAUAUAUUUUGAUUAAUGGUACUAAAUAACUUUAAUCCUUUAAGUCUUUAUAUUUUAUGGAGAUAUAUAUAUUUAUAUGCUGUUUUUUUCCUGCCCCACUAAUUCUCCAUGUUGCACUCUGCUGUAAUUGUAUGAUGGCUGGCUUCCUCUGAGGCACAGUUUGAUAUUGAUGAUCAGCAGAUGUAUUUAUUCAGUUAUGCAAACGUUCUCCAGGAGGGAUGCGGCAGCUCCUGCGCUUUCUUCUGUGCCUUUUUGGGAAUAUUUUUUUUGUAACUAUAUGCUACAUCUGUUGACUUGCGUUCUCUGAAACUGAUGACUUUGACCAAUUCUGUUUAAUCUAGUUCAGUUCAGGACAACUGCACUGAAGCUGUUUUUCCUAACAGAAAAUUCUGUUUAAAUGUGUAAUACAGUAACAUGUCAAUACAUUAGUUUUCAAAAGAAAA